AAUAGUAUAGAUUUCAUUAGAAACAUGCAAAAUUCAAACUAAUCUUCUUCGUCUCUUAAAACCUAAACCCUAAUUGUCUUCUCCGGCGAAUUCAAUUUCCCGGGGCCACCGAGGCUAUUUCCGGUUUGUCGUUAGAAUUCACCGAUCGAUGUCGCUCGUCCGUUGUUUAUCCCUCAGAUCGGUUCUCAAUCCUCAACGUUACCGAUCAUCUUACUCCUUUCUCAUCCAUCUUCAGAAUCCUCGUGAAGAAGAAGAACCUACACACAAAACUCGAAGUUACCACAGUAUCAUUCACCAGAACUCGUUAAUCGGUGCCUCCUCGACGGCUUUCUCUCGCUAUCGCUCUGUUUUCCAAUCUCCUGCGACGAUUUCAUCGGAUCGAUUCAUUUCGACUUUCAAUUUCUCUGGUUCCGGUGACGCUGUCAUCGAUUGGUUGUUGCAAUCUGUGGUUUCGAGGAGUUAUGAGUUACAUAAUGUUGCUGAUGUUCUUGUUUCUCUUAACCAUUUGCUUGCAUUGUUGAAUUCUUUCACAUUUUCUCAAUGGUGGGUGUUUAUCAUCGUAGCAUCGCUUUUGAUUCGAGGAAUCACAGUUCCGGUUAUGGUUGAUAUGCUUAACAACAUUGCAAAGUUUUUUAAGAGUCUACGCUCGAACCAAGGAGAGGUUCUAGACAAGGUAUCAUUUCUUAAUAAAAGUCGAGGAGUAAUGUACACCAUGUUGGAGAAGGAGUUUUUUGGAGUUAAAGGAUCAGUCAUUGGUCAGGGUAUUCAAGUUCCUAUCUUCUGGUUCUCAAUGGGAGAGUUGAAACAAAACAUGGUUGAGAUUCUUAUGUCACGUCUUCGGGGUAAGAUUUUGUCGGCGGAAUUGAUCAAGAACGGAGUCUUAAGCAGAGGACGCUUAGUGGUGGUCGUUGGCGAUGGAUUCGGGAUUGAAAUCCAAAUGUUCGAUCUUGAUUUCUCUCUUAUCUUGAGGCGUCGUCAAGUCUCGCAAAGCUAAUAAGUUUCGAUUUCAUUCAAUAAUUGGAGCGUUUUGCUUUUAGUGGCUCAAUGGUGUUUAUUUGAUGAUAGAGCCAGCACAAAAUGUGAAUAAAGCGUGUUUGGCUGGAUUCUUUUUUAUUUAGGCAAACUAAGUUUUCAUUCAUUCGAAAUAAAAGAUUCAAAAAGCUACUAUGAAACAAAACCAAUAGAGCAUUUUACC